AUGCAACAGAUCCGGAAGAUCAGACCUGACAUCAAAGGAGACACGCCGUGGCAUUAUUUCCUCAUUUCGGUCAUGAAAGCCUACGACGCGCUCUGGCAAUUUGUCAAGGACCGGAAUGAAGCGACGACGAGCAUGGCUCAGCUGUCCAUCGAUUCGCCGAUGCGCAGCGAGCUCCCGAUCUAUCCGUCGCUACCAUUCAACAUCAAGGUCUGCGAGGCGCUGUCGAAAGUGUCCACCUCCUUCAACAACAUGGCCAUGGCCGGCGAACUCUCGAUCCAGAUGAUUGAUAUACUCGCAAAUCUCUCCACUCUAGCCCGAGGCGACGGGAGUGCCACUCCCCCAAAUUCUCCGCCCAGCUCACCCGGUGGACGCAGCUUGCUCAACACCAUCGCGGACCUGCGAUAUCUAUCAGUGAUGGCCACCACACCGAUCGAGCACAAGCUCUGUUUUGGUGUUAUUGGCACUUGUUUCACUCUACAUUACGGCAGUGGGAAGAUUAGCGACGACAUGCACGAGACACUACAAGAGCUUGAGGACUCGAUGAUCGGCAACGGCAAGCCGCAGCUGGAGACGCAGGAGGGCGAUGCCCUCAAGACGCACCGGGAGUGUCUGAUCUGGAUCUCCUUGGCUGCGGCCGGCGCACUCGACCAGUCAGAAUUGCUCUCGGCGAUGAGCAUGAUGCUCGACCAGGCUCUGGAGCAAUACCCGGACGAGACCAGUGAUUGGGAGACGCUGGAGAAGAUCCUGAAGAAAUUCCUGUGGAACGACCUUCUCGGGAAACACUGGAAGAGAUGUUGGCGGAAGGCCAAGCACCGCCAGUCAAAAGCACGAUGA